CACAACAGAACAUCAUGGCGAUUGAUGGUGGGCAGCGGAGCUGUGGAGUACAUGAGCUAGUCUGUGCCAGGAAAGUGUCUCCGGAGGUGCUGGGGUUCCUGUCCACAAUUACAGUAUUCAGUCUCCUGAUGAUUCUCCUUUUUCUGUAUCUGAGCAACAAGCUGUCGUUCGAUAGUGCCAGUGAACUGUCAUACCUGGACUCCAAGCACCAUAAAAGCAAGGAUCUGAGAGAUCUUGUGUUUUUAUCCUCUUUCACACUAGCCAGAGACUCACGGGGCUCAUCCUCAGACAGUGAGGAUGAGGGGAUUGGGAAAUGCCUGGAAGCCACGCGGCAACAGGCUCGGUCCUGGCGUCAACAGGGCUGCAGUUGGAACACCAGGCAGAAAUGCAGCUCCCUGUCAGCUGAACUCGAGGGCUACAGCAGCGACGCCUCCGCUGGAGAGGCCAACUGUGUCCAAAGGAUGAGGCGAACACCCCUCUUGGACGAACUCCAGCCUCCCCCCUACCAGGAUGAAAAUGGCUCGCCGCACAUUUCCCCCCUGCCCUCGGACACGGGCGAUUCCAAACAUUCAUACCUCAUGGGUGGUGGUAGGACCCCUGCCAGGUGUCAGGAAAAGUCCCUCAGUGAUGGCAGUGGUGACCAGGAGACUGAGAGCUACCUCACCAAGGGCUACGAGGAGGAUGUACCCAGUGACAGCACUGCAGUCCUAGGUGCAGAGGAUGGGUCGGCCCUGCAGUUCCCCAUUGGCUAUGAACCAGAGCCCUUGGCCAAAUAUGGCACCCUGGAUGUGGCCUUUGACUACGACUCAAGGGAGCAACGGCUGGCGGUGACAGUGACGGCCGCCACUGACAUCCCUGCUCUCAAGAGCAUGGGCAAUGUGGCCUGGCAGGUGCAUUUAGUGCUGCUGCCUACCAAGAAACAGCGGGCAAAGACAGGGAUUCAGAAGGGUCCUUGCCCUGUGUUCACGGAGACAUUUCGCUUCAGCCCCGUUGAGCAAGAUGCUAUUGGGAGCUAUGCGGUGCGCUUCCGUCUCUACAGUGUACGCCGAAUGAAGAAGGAGAAGAUUCUGGGGGAGAAGGUGUUCUACCUCACCAAACUCAACCUGCAGGGAAAGAUGGCCUUGCCCGUCACUUUGGACCCUGGCUGUGCUCUCACGGGUUGUGGGUCACUGGUGAGUGUAACUCGCAGCGAGGGAACCUCGUCCUUCCGCUCAGCUGGACGUGGCUCCACAGCAGAGAUUCUGGUGGGACUCAUCUACAGCGCCGCCACCGGCCGCCUCUCUGUAGAGGUCAUAAAGGGCAGCUACUUCAAAAAUAUGGCUGCUGACAAGCCACCCAAUGGGCUGUUCUGUUGCCUGAAACACUUAAUAGGUGGACAGGUUUAUAUAAUCCGAGACACUUAUGUGAAGCUGACCAUGCUGAACUCAAUGGGCCAGCAGAUGUCCAAGUGCAAGACGUCAGUCUCCCGGGGGCGGCCAGACCCCACAUACCAGGAGACCUUUGUGUUCCAGGUGGCACUUUUCCAGCUCUCGGAGGUGACACUGGUUUUGUCCGUCCAUUGCAAGCGCAGUGGUAUGCGGCGCAAAGAGAGGCUGGGCUGGGUUUCUUUGGGUCUCAACAGCUCUGGGGAAGAGGAGCUCUCACACUGGACCCAGAUGAAGGAGACUGAAGGACAGCAGGUGUGCCGGUGGCACUCCCUUUUAGAGUCCUAGGAGAAAAUGGAGGUGAAUGGAGUGGAGGACAUCACCAGGUGUAGGACAGAUAUCACUUACAGAAAUUGGGAAGACAUCACUAUGGAGAACCAAUCCAAAAACUAAAAGCAACACAUGAACUCUUCCUACUUUUUAAACAAAAAACAAACCAAAAGUCCUCUCUAGCUGCAGCGAAUGCCGAAUGCAAGCUCCCAGUGAAAGAAGAGGUACAUGGUGUGCAGAGGAUCGCAUUACAGAACAGAGAAAGAAACUGGUCAAGAUUGUUCAGUCGCACUGCUGCUUUUGCUGACUAAUUUUACCAUGCUCAUCAUCCAACAAACAUUACUCAAGCUCAACCAGCAUGCAAGGAAAUCCAAAAAUUUGAUAUUCUACAUUGAGAAUUUUUAACAUGUCGGUACUGGAAUGUGAUCAGAUCGAACAAUUCAUAUCACUGCCUUGUGUCUCAUGUGGAGAGUGAAAAAAUAAAUAAAAAUCAAUUACUGAAGGCUAAGGGCUCCCCCUGCUAUGUGUUAGCAGACAUCAUAAGCAAUAGCAAGACCCGCUCACAACGUGUUUUAAAUAUUUUCUUUCGAUAAAAGCAUGUCUACACAUAUACAAAAAUACAUGUAUGCUUAUUUUUAUGUCAUGAAUUAAGUGACUUGC